ACACGUGAGCGCGCUUCACAACCAAGAUCGCACGGGUCGGCGCUUGGUGAGUUCACGCGGCAUCCAAGUACUUAGUCUCGCAUACCCAGAUGAAAUCGACAACAGCGGAGGACGUGUCCUUCAUGCCAAACCACUGGAAGAUGCGACAUGUCCACCCAGACGAGAACGCUUCACCAUGUUUCCAGCUUCCUCUCCUUUGCUGAGCAUGACCUCUCGCCCGAUUUUCAACUUACCGACGAGCUCACCGACUAUGUCCAGCUCCUCCAGGGAUGCUGUCGCAGUUACGGAGACGAUGUCGACUUCAACGAUCUCUUCAAGGAAGCGUUUGCGCGGCUUAGAUCCCGCAAUAUUAGGGAGCUCUCUGUAGGAGCUCUCGCAGGACGUAUGGAAGACAUGAUCGAGCUAGGGAUGCGCCUCUACACGGGUUGCGGAGGAGUGGUCAAAGAUAUCCCGGAGGCACUCACUACAUGGCAGCACAUCACCAGCCCUAGCUCUCCGCCCUCGCAGCCGCCUCCCCGGCGCAUCCUCGCGAUAGCCUAUGCCCUCCAGGCGAAGGUCUACAAGGACCGUGCGCACGUCGACAAAGAGACGAUCCAAAUCGACGACCUGCGCCGCGCGGCCAUCGCCGCUGACGCCGCCGCGGCGCAAGGGCUCGUCACCCCCAUCGUCCUCAACAUCGCGCAGUAUGCCGCCAUGCCGCUCGGGCUCCCGAGCAACGCAUACCAGUCGUUCAAGAAGCUCCCGGAGUUUGCGUGCCUCACGGACUUGUGGCGCGUGUGGCGGCGGAGGAAUGGGGAGAUCGAGCGGGAGCAGCAGGCGCGAGACCGCAAGGUUGCGCGCGCGCCGAACGCAUAUCGGUGUGCGGCGGAGGGGUGUGGGAUCGAGGGGACGAAGAAGGCUACGCUUCUGAGGUGCGCCGGAAAGUGUGAGGAAGCGUCUAAGCCACACUACUGCAGCAAGGAGUGCCAGAAGAAGGACUGGAAGCGACACAAGCGAAUGUGCAAGCCAGGUGCUCCAGUCUUCGCAGGGGUAUCCACUUCAAACGGCGCAAAGACUGCCUCUCAGAGGUCCUCUGAUGCUGUAUCCUCCGAGCGGAGUCCUUGGGACGAAGAGUUCUUGCCGCAGGACCCUGGGAGAGAGCGGAUGAUUACGGUGCCUACGCCAGGUCGACCGGGCCAUUCCCUGCAGAUAUCAUCCUCGAUGAUGACACCUGCCAUGCUCAAGGACUUGAAGGAGGAGAUUGCGAGGCCCUGAGCUCAUGAGAGCGAGUACUCUCGUCGCGAGGACUUAUUGAGUGUUGAACAAGGGCAGAUCAUGAUGUAUACGAGGCGUCUAGUUGGCAUACACAAACUUACUUGCAAUUAAUAUAGGACACGGAAUACCCCAAAUACAGGAUCAAAUGCUUGGGAUGUGAAUUAGUAUGCGUGCGCAUGCUAGGUGGGC